UUUACAAAAUGGAAAAAUCAGCAGAUGUGUGAAAAACAGGCGAAGGAAGCAUUUUUGUGAUCUUGAGAGUCAGUGGACAAGAAGGGCUUUGGCGGAGCCAGUGUCGAAAGGGGUUUCAAAGAUUUCAAAAUUGACUUUUCGUGGUACCUUGAAGUUCAUAAAAUCAUCACUCACAUAUCUUCGACUGCGGGAAAAUUUCCUAAGAAAUGUGUCGUACUUUGCAUUACAGAUAUACAGACACGAGCCUCUACUGCGAAGUGCACUAUUUUUUUCUACGAAGCAGUUUAUCAUGGAUUUGUUUACGAGAGGGUAUGUGCUAGUUCUGGGACUGUUUAUUAAUCAAAUAUUCAGUUCAAGAGAAUGGGGAGAAGAUUGGGUAGCUAGGAGCAAACGAAGGUUAAGUAUGGAUAGCCAGCCUCCUCGUCAAUAUGAAAAGAUCAUUGCUUACACGGUGAAAAUUGAUGGAGGAUGUUCUGCGCACUUGGAAAAGCAUGAGAAGGAUCAACUAUGUAUGGAACUUAAUUAUUGCCUUAAUAAGGGAAACCCCCACACAGAUGAAGUGAUGCGAUUGGAGUCAAUUGAAGGUGUAAGUAAAAUUCAGGAAGAGCCUAACAAACCUAUCCAACCAAAUGGAACUGUUCGAUUUGGUGGUCUACGAGGGGAUAGUAACAAACAUUGAAUACCAUUGGAGGUGUUGCAGCAGCCAAGGGAUCAGCUGUCGAGAAGGCGAGCAACUUUGAUGAUACAUGGCAAGCAUUGGAAAUCAUUUUUACACUAUAAAGUAUCACUGCCUGCUAGUUUUACCAAAUGUUUGAGUGGUCUACUUUAGGGAAUUAGAAGUACAUGAUCCCCAUACACUACUUCAGCUACUCUUGAUUCAUUGCUUGGUGUUGUGCAUCUUUACAAAAUGAUACCUUAUAUAAUAAUAGAUGGGAAAAUGGGAGCAAAAGGAAGUAUGGAAUUAUUUUUCUCGAAAGGCAAAUACGUAGUCCAGACUAAAUGAAGAGUCAGACAUGGUGAUUAGAGAUGAGCAAGGAGAACUACCUUCUUGGCUUACCCGAGCAUUUUGGGAGGAGGAAGAAAGACAUCUUCAC